UACACCACUGUUCCAGUCCCCCUUGUUCCUGCAAGGAAAGUAGACGCUGGCCCAGAGUACACUCCUCCCCUCCUUCCUCCACAGAGCCGGAGCUUUCUCCCCCAAUAACCGUGAUCAGGCUCCCCCAGUCUUCCUUUGGUGCAUGUUUGCCUUCGUGAAAGGAGAUUUGUGAUCGUGUUCAUGUCAUGACACAGUGCAGCGCGGGGUCGAAGUGGUCGCCUCUAACUGAAACCCCAAUGUCCAGGACUCUUUUGCAGUGGUUUGUGUUUGGUUACAUGAAAUAUGCGAUGUUCGCAGGACUGCCCGGUUCUUUUUCUGCUACACUUUGUUUUCAUUUUGGCAGCCGGCCACAAAGAACUCUCCGACUCUAGCAGACUCUUCUCCCUCAUCGCAGAACAAGGUCAGUUGUCCCAGUCAGAUCUGUCCACUGUCCACCCAGUGAAAACCAGCGCUGAUGGAGAGUUUAUCUCCCACUCUCUGACUCACCACUUCAAGGGUGGGAGAGUCAGGCGUGACCUACGACCCCAUGGUUUAGAUGGACAGGUUUAUUACAAGGUCAACUACAAGGGUCGUACUUUAAUGUUCAAUUUGACUGCAAACAAUCACUUGGUUUCAAGUGACUACAUCCUAGAGAGGAGGAACGGCAGCGCCAACAGGACUGAGCAUCGCCGCUCUGAGGGGAACUCCUGUCACCUCCUUGGCACUGUGGAAGCCUCUCAUGUGCGAGGAACUGCUGCCAUCAGCUCUUGUAAAGGACUGAGAGGCUUUUUUUCCCUGCCAGAGGGUCACUACUUUAUCAAACCUUUCCAGAAAUCUCCUCAUCAUCCGGCAGGGUCUCCAGAGCCCCAUAUUGUCUAUCCAAGAGUUACAACAGUAAGCCAGAGAAAAAAACGCAGUUUUCAGUCCAAAGAGACACCCAGCCCCUGUGGAGUUCAAGAUACUCCAAGUGACUCUGUCCAGGUGGAGAGGGAGAGGGAAGAAUGGGAGCGGGAGCAGCAGAGGGGGGAGGAUCCGGCUCAGUCCCGCUCGCAGCGCUCAGUCAGCAGAGAGCGGUGGGUCGAGACCAUGGUGGUAGCUGAUGCCAAACUCAUAGAAUACCACGGCACUGAUAAUGUGGAGUCCUACAUCUUCACCAUUAUGAACAUGGUGGCAGGGAUCUUUCAUGAUGCCAGUAUUGGGAAUGCCAUCCAUGUCAUCUUGGUUCGCCUCAUUCUGCUCCAUGGAGAAGAGAAAGAGUUGAAGAUUGUUCACCAUGCAGACGCCACAUUGUCCAGUUUCUGUGCUUGGCAGAAAAACCUCAAUCCCCAGAGUGACACACAUCCAGCUCAUCAUGAUGUGGCUGUGUUGGUCACUAGGAAAGACAUCUGUGGUAGAAUGAACCAGCCCUGUGAGACCCUGGGUCUGUCUCAUCUGUCUGGGAUGUGUCAACCGCACCGCAGCUGCAACAUCAAUGAGGAUUCAGGACUACCUGUUGCCUUCACCAUCGCUCAUGAAAUGGGCCACAGCUUUGGAAUUCAUCAUGACGGUCAGGGGAACGACUGUGAGCUGGAAGGGAGGCACCCGUUCAUCAUGUCCAGACAGCUGAUGUACGACAGCUCGCCUCUCACUUGGUCCUCCUGCUCCAAAGAAUAUAUCACACGCUUCCUUGAUCGAGGCUGGGGUUUCUGUCUUGAUGACCGCCCUUCCAAGAGGGACCUAACCACCCCGCUGGCUCGACUUGGUGUCCGUUACACCACACACCACCAGUGCCAGCUCCAGUACGGCCCAAAUGCAACCUUCUGCCAUGAGGUUGAUAACGUUUGCCAGAUUCUUUGGUGUUCAGUGAAUGGCUCCUGUCGGUCCAAACUGGACUCGCCUAUAGAUGGCACUCGCUGUGGACCAGAGAAGUGGUGUAUCUCAGGAGAGUGUGUGAUUGUGGGUAAACUGCCAGAGACGGUGAACGGAGGCUGGGGGCAGUGGAGUACCUGGACUCACUGCUCGAGGACCUGUGGAACUGGUGUUCAAUCAGCAGAGAGGGAAUGUAACAACCCCAAACCAGAGUUUGGGGGCAAGUACUGCACUGGGGAAAGGAAGCGUUAUCGGACUUGUAAUAACAAACCCUGUCAGAAGAAUAAACCAACCUUUCGAGAGAUGCUGUGCAGUGAGUUUGACACUGUGUCCUACCACAAUGAGCUCUACCAGUGGAUUCCUGUGGCUAACCCAGUAAACCCUUGUGAGCUGCACUGUCGACCAGUCGUUGAGCAUUUUUCGGAGAAGAUGCUCGACGCCGUGACAGACGGGACACCGUGCUUCAUGAACAACAAGUCCAGAAACAUCUGUGUCAACGGAGUGUGCAAGGCGGUCGGCUGUGACUAUGGCAUUGACUCAAACGCUGUGGAGGAUCGUUGUGGAGUCUGUUUGGGAGAUGGCACAAGCUGUGAGACAGUCUAUAAGUCUUUUGAUGAAGGAGAUGGCUUUGGGUACGUGGACGUGGGUGUGAUACCUGAGGGGGCGCGGGACAUCCUGGUAAAGGAAGUGGAGGAAGCAGGUAACUUCCUGGCUCUAAAAAGCGAGACGUCGGAGGAGUACUUCCUCAACGGCAACUUCAUCAUCCAGUGGAACGGCGAAUAUGAGGCCGGCGGGACGACGUUCUACUAUGAACGCAGCGGGAACAUGGAGAACCUCACCGCUCCUGGACCUACCAAACUGCCAGUCAUGCUGCAGUUACUAUUUCAGGAGAAGAACCUAGGUAUAAAGUAUGAGUACACCAUCAAAAAGACCAAAGAGACAGGAAAUGAGGUCAUUGAACCCAUUUACAGUUGGAGGCAAGGGGCAUGGACAGACUGCAGCACCACCUGUGGCUUAGGGGAGCAGUACCAGCCUGUGCGGUGUUUUGAAAUGGACGUGGGUGUAGUGGAUGAGUCUUUGUGUGACCCAGACAACCGUCCAGAAGGGAGAUACCGAAAAUGCAAGAAUAUGGAUUGCCCUGCAAGGUGGUGGGUGGGCGGUUGGCAGCAGUGUUCAGCCACCUGUGGAUUAGAAGGGGCACGGAAGCGAACAGUUCUCUGUGUUCGGACAGUUUCAGGGGAGGAAAGGGUGCUCCACCCUGUUGAAUGCAAGCAUCUCCUUAAACCCAAACCUGUGGUCCCAUGCAACAGAGAUGUACCCUGUGGACAGGACUGGACUGUUGGCAACUGGGACGAGUGCCCAGUUACAUGUGGAGGAGGUGUUCGCUCACGUACAGUCACAUGUGCACUAACACCUAAGAAGACUUGCGACCCCUCAACCAAACCUCGGUCGAGAUCACUUUGUGCCCUUCAGAGCUGCCCUAAGUCAGAUCUUCGUAGACAACCUGGGCCUCCUCCUAAGUAUCGCAGCAUCUACCCACCUAAGAGCCACCCCGCCAAGCAUCCUACACCUACACCUUACUGGGCUCCCAUGAGCACCACAACCACAGCUGCUAUUACUGUGAGAAAGAAAACAUCCACCAAAGAAACUACAACUGCUUUCAUCCCGACCACCACUUCCCUUUUAACCCCUAAAACCACAAUCCCUGAAAUCGUAGACACAGAUGAUUUAGAGUUUAAUGUUAAAGUGAGGAAAAAUGAGGAUAAGAGAGGAAAGGUUUUUCCGUCUAAAGCCAACUCUGCUGAAAAGGACAGAUAUUCAUCUGGCGUGGAAAAGGUAGAAGAGAGGGAGGAGGGAGAGGAGGGAAGUACACCAAAUGUGGUGAUGUACACUCCAGGAUAUGAUUAUGUUGUUAAGGAUAGGAAAACAGAGGAGGAGGGGAUUAUUGACCUGGAUGUUACCACAUCUACAUCCCUCAAAAAUCCUCAAUCCACACCACAUAUACUCAUUACACCCACUUUACAAACAAGUCCACCUACAAUGCACACAACCAUCACCCACCGCCAAGCACCCACGGCCACCUACUCUACCCUACACACCAGUACUAAAACAUGGGCAAAUACCAAUCACCACUAUCCCUUCUCCAACCCCCACACCACCCCUCGUAUCACUGCAUACAGGCCCUGGACACACGGGGUUCCCCUUACCACUCCCAUGUACCACACAGUCUCAUCGAAAGCUGUCUUCCACACAACACAAGUUCCUCUUACAACUGCAAGACAUCCAUUCACCACUGCAGCAUCACCCCAGUCCACAAUGAAGAUCAUUAAACUAAAGAAGCCUACAGUGACACCCAAAAAACCCAGUUCUGUCUCACGUGCUAAAAAGCCCUCUUCCUCGUCCAAAGGCAGUCGCUCCAACAAUCAAAACCAGCAACAAGAACAUCACAACAGCAGCUCUGUUAGUGACCAAAGCAACCUGAAGGCCAGAGAGCCGGUCAGCAAGGAAGUAUUCUGGGUUGUAGGAAACUGGAGUGAGUGUUCAACAACAUGUGGGAUUGGAGCAAUAUGGAGGAUGGUAGAGUGCAGCUCCCAGAAUGAUGAGGACUGUGCCAAAAUGAAGAGACCUGAGCCUGCACGCACAUGUCACCUGCAGCCCUGUGCCACCUGGCACAGUGGCAGCUGGAGCAAGUGUCCAGAUUAUUGUGCAGGGGUAGGUUGGAAGUACCGAGAUGUCCAGUGUGUCGAUUCUCAGAGUAAACGUCCCCUCAGACCUUUCCAUUGUCAAGCUGUGUCCAGCAGACCCCACAGCACCUUGAAAUGCCCCCACAAGCCCUGUAUGAAGUGGAGUAUAUCACCCUGGGGACCGUGCUCUGGCAGCUGUGGUGAAGGCGUCAGGGAGAGGCUGGUGUACUGCCCCGAACCUCAUCACUGUAACGCCACACUGAGGCCAAACAGCACAGAGCCUUGCAGUCUAAAGCCCUGCACUCGCUGGAAGGCCAAGGACUGGGAGGAGUGUCGUGUGAGUUGUGGUGGGGGUCAGCAGCAGCGUGAAGUCAACUGUGUGAGUGAGCAGGAUUUGGCGGUGAUGCCAAACAGCCUCUGUGAGAAUAUUUCCAAACCAGAAACACUCAGGAAGUGCAAUAUGCAGGAAUGCAAGACCAACACAGUUCCAGUUUGCAGGAAGAACACCAUGUCUUCUCUCUUUUGUGACAAGCUGAAGCUGUUGGGUCGCUGCUCUCUCAGGUCGGUCCAAAGACAGUGUUGUGCCACAUGUGGGUCAUAGCUAGGGUUAUACACGCACCUAAAUUACAAUGGACACAUCCCAACCACAGUAAUACUUACUGGAUCCUUGCAAUACUGACAAAAGCCAUGCUAGCCACAGACUGACAAACCAAAGUGCGUAUGACCACAGCAUAGCACAGAUUAACCAGCACAGAUUAAUCAGCACAACCAAACCCGGGUCGAAUAAGAUCAUGUAUACAUUAUAUUUGAGUCUUUGUAACUUUUUCAAAUGAAUAUUUAGCUUGAAACCAUUUUUAAAAUUAAGCAAGAGAACAGCCUAAUACUGUUGAUGAAUACACAUGUGGACUGUCACAAAUGUUAGAGCAUAAUGUUCAUGGAGCCAUAUUAAGGUGAAAAAAAAUUAGAAUUUAUUAACAGGCAAGUUUAAUGAUUAUAUAAAAGGGCUAUAAAAAUAUAGUCAAAUUACUAAUUUAAAAAAAUAAUCAAGAAGCACAAUUCAAAAGUUACAAAAGCUCAAGCCAGUACAAGAGUGACUCCACUUGUGAUAAAUAAAUUAAUAACAGAAGCAUACAGUACAGUGUGCAUACUUCUUUAUUAGUAAACAAAUUCACAUAUGACCUGCAGUACAGUACUUAUCUUUCUGGUCCAAAUAUGCUUUUAUAAUAAUGGUGCUGAUUAUUUACAGCUUAACAGUCGAGAUACCAGUUAUAUUUUUUAUAUCAAAGUAAACUGGUAAAAACAGAAUGUAAAUAAAGAUUUUUUUAAACUUCUAUUAAGUUGUUAAUAGUUAUAAUAAUCUGUUUUUUCACUCAUAUAUUUUGCUUUUUUCUGCUUUAAUUGUGGUUUUGUCCUCAGAGCUGGCACUGUGUGUUUACAUUUUCCUGGGUACAAGUUCCCACUUUAGUCAUUUUGUUUUGAUCGAUCAAUAAUAAUUAAAUCGGUUGCAGAACGUGUACAGUUCUGUAGUCAAACCUGUGGUGCUCCUCUUCUGGUGUGAGAUUGACCAAUGAGAAAGAGGUGUUGCAGGUCAUCCCUCUCAGGUCCCUCUAAAGAUGGUCACUGUGUUUGUAUGAUGUUGUACUGGGCAAGCAUUACCAUUUGUACAUGCAUUUGGCAUAUCACCUUGACUCAUUUGUACUUCACAUGUCUCCAUCAGUAAUGUGACGAUAAAAGAUGUUCUUGACAAAACUGCUUCGUAACUUAGACAUGAAAUAAAAAAAAUCUUAAGUAUCUUUAA